GCCACGCUCAAUUGGUGAUUUUAUAAUUGGUGACAGGAAGAAAUCGCGUUGGAAUUAAACAGGCUGACACAGAUUUUGGUGAUGGGCUCUGGCAGAAGCCAGGCCGAAUUACACCCGUGUCACAGAAUUGGUGAUGGGACCCCCCAAAUCGUACCCAGCGUCUCCGGCCCCGGCAGCUGCAACACAAGCCCCGCGCUUGCAGGCGCUCUCCAGCCAACGUCCCACAGUACUUCUGCUGGUCAGCUUCACAACCACGCACCCAGCAGCACCGUAUUCCCGCCGCCGGUCACCCCUCCGUGGAUUGGAUUGGCCAGAGUAGGAUUGGACCCAGCACUUGAGGAUUGGGUUUGACCGGCCAGGGAUUGGAACGCCACUUUUGGGGAUUGGGUUUGGUCGGGUGGGGAUUGGUGUCGGCACUUGAGGAUUGGGAUAGGGCAGGUGAGGAUUGCUUGCGCACUCACGGAUUCGGAUAGGACAGGUGGGGAUUGGUACUUUCAGACUGUCCCAGGCUGUCCUGACACCGCUGCAGUGCUGAUUCGGGUCGGUCCUUAGGGUUUUCAAUAGGGAGACCUGGAGCGCAGCGCACA